UUCCCUCUCUCUUUCUCUCUCUACUUUACAUUCUCUAUCUCGCCUAUCUGUCGGUCCAUCUCCUUCUUUCUUCUAUCCAGAACUCUUCUACUCCUGAUUUUCUCUCUCUACAAUCAUCGUUCCCUAUCUUCUCUCUCUAGGUGGUGUCCUCCACCAUGAUGCAUCACUAUGCAGCCGCCGGCGGAGGAGCGGCGCUGUCCCUUACGCUCGCCCCAAAACCGCCCACUCCCGGCUGCCCCCUCCUUAGUGCCCCCGUCUCUAAGGGGCCGGGCGGUGCCGACGCCCACUGCAUGGAACAGCUCCUUGCCCACUGUGCUGCGGCCCUGCAGGCCAACGACGCCACCCUCGCCCACCAAAUCCUGUGGGUCCUUAACAACAUCGCCUCCCCUGAUGGGGACUCCAACCAACGCCUCACGGCCGCUUUCUUACGUGCGCUAGUGAUGCGUGCGGGGAACCCCGCUCCUGCACUGGAGAGCUUACGGCCUCUUUCGCCUGUUCAGCUAGCGACCUUCAUCGACCUCACCCCUUGGCACCGCUUCGGUUUCGCUGCAGCCAAUGCCACCAUCCUCGAUGUCAUGGCACGUCUCUCGGCCCCGGCACUUCAUGUACUUGAUAUCGGAGUCGCACACUGCAUGCAGUACCCAACACUGAUAGAUGCCAUCUCCUGCAUUCGCCCAUCCCCACCCUCUCUAAGACUGACUGUCAUCGAGCCUGACCCGACAUGGCUGGCUUGCCCACCCCUCAACACCACCUACGAGGAGCUCGGGCAAAAACUCAUGGCCUUUGCACUUGUAAGAGGAGUGAAGCUCGAGUUCGGCGUACUGAAACCCGGGAACAUGGGGCUUGUCGAUAGAGUCUCUACGGUAGGACGCAAUCAAGGGGAAAUGCUGGUGGUGAAUUCCCAGCACUCGCUGAGAUAUGUUCCCGAAGAGACCGCAGGCUCGACGAUCCGGAACGAUCUGCUGUCUAAGAUUAGGGAGAUGGAACCCGAUCUUUUUGUUGUGGUCGACGAGGACGUUGAUUUUGUUUCAGAGCAACUUGGGAGUCGGAUAAGGUCGGCGUUCAAUUACUGGUGGAUGUGGUUCGAUGCGGGGGAGGCCGCGAUGGGGAGGAGGAGCGAGGAGAGAGGGGGACUAGAAAGGUUGGUGGGGGGGAGGAUAGAGAAUUUGGUGGUGGGGGAGGGGAGAGGUAGGGUAGAGAGAGGAGAGAGAAAAGGUCGGUGGGGAGGAAGGUUGAGGAGGGCGGGGUUCGAGGGGGUGGGAUUGGGAGAGGGGGCGGAGGCGGAGGUGAGGGGGGUUUUGGAGGAGCAUGCGGCGGGUUGGGGGGUUAAGAGAGAGGAUGGGGAUUUGGUGCUUACUUGGAAGGGCCACAAUGCUGUCUUUGCUAUGGCUUGGGUGCCCAGGGAAGCCCCAUCUCUGAUCACACUCUCUCUCUUGUUUUCUUUAUUUUUUUUUUUUCUUUUCUUUUCUUUUAAUGCCUCUCUCUUCCCCCCUUCACGACGUGGAGGAUUUCCAAGUUUUUCGACAACUACGCUGACAAGAAUUGUAUUGGAAAGUCCAAACGUUUUGGUGGUCAUCGUAUCAUGGUCGUGUGUUACUGCCAUGGUAAAAGCCCACGGUGUUGUACUAUGACCCUGUUCCUAGUUAUCGAGUACUAAAAGAAUCUCAAUGUCUAAGGUUUCUUUUGUAGCAAAAAGUCGAUGGCUUCUUCUUGAUUCGAGUGUUAUCAUCUCUCUCUCUUCU